AUGUUCGUUUCCGGGACAACAUCUGUUGAUCCCUAUUCUCCCACUAAUGCACCGCGAAUGCUUCACCCAGAAGAUGCCAGACAGCAGACGCGCGUUGCUCUGGAGGAGAGUAUUCGAGCUAUCCAAGGUCUUGGUGGUAAAGGCGCGGAGGAUAUAGUCCGCGUUAAGAUGUUUGUCACUCGCCAUAAGGACUGUGAGGCUGUGGGGCGCGGGAUUAGUGAGAUAUUGGGCAAGUAUAAUCGUGCUGGAAGUGGAAUGAUAGGAGCUGCUGCAAUAAUGAUUGUCGUUAAUGGAGGCUUUAUAGACAAGGGGAUGCUUGUUGAGAUUGAAGUAGAUGCUGUUAUGGGACAGAUCUACACUGUUUAUGAGAAAAUUGCUACCCUAUCAUAA